GAGGGGGGGGGGAGCCCUCAUGGGGCAGCGUUUCCUUGCAAGAGAUCCGUGCCUCUCCCAGCCCCCUUUCCGGCCUCUCUUGCUCUCGCCCUGUGGGAGUCUGCAGCUUUCCACCUCGCCAUGGCCGACGGCUUCAGGCUGCCUUUUGCGGUCGUCGUUUUGGUCCUGCUGGGCUCCCAAGAGACGCGGACAGAGCAGGAGUUGCGUUUCCAGCCCGUUCCCCGGCAGAGGCCCGUCAGGCUCUUCACCGAGCUCGAGCUGGCCAGAUACGACGGGCAGGAGGAGGGUCAGCCUAUUUACAUAGCUGUUAAAGGUGUGGUGUUUGAUGUCACUUCUGGAAAAGAGUUUUAUGGGAAAGGAGCCCCUUACAACGUGCUAGUUGGGAAGGAUUCAACCCGAGGAAUUGCAAAGAUGUCCCUUGAUCCUGUGGAUCUCACUCAUGACACAUUCAUGCAAUCAUACUCUAUUGAGAUGGGACUCACAACAGAAGAACUGCAAUCUCUGGAUGAAACCUUCAAUAAUGUCUACAAAGCCAAGUAUCCCAUUGUUGGCUACACAGCCCAAAGAAUUCUCAGUGAGGAUGGCAGCCCCAAUCCAAACUUCAAACCUGAAGACCAGCCACAUUUCAGCAUUAAGGAUGAAUUUUGACCAGUAAAUAAAUUCCAAUAGUCCAUGGAUGCUUGCCAUGCAUGGCAUCAGAAUAAGGAAAAAAAGCUGAACUUGUGAUCAAAAACAGGAAGAUUACUUCAAGAAUGAAUAGUGUGGCAUACCUGCAUUUCUGAAGUACUUAUGGGAAAAGCUAGGUAUUAUGUUACUAUUUUUCUGUUCCUGCAAAUGAUGAAUUAGUAACAUUACUGUGAGGGGCCCUCAAAGAGUUUCAAGGAAUUUUCACCCACUCCAGAUAAAUAGAGGUGGCUUUGUUGGGUUGUCUGGGUCUCUGAGGGAGCCAGAAGGAGUAUAAUUUUUAAAAAUGAAACUUCAUGGGUAGACGCCCUUGUUGCCCUCCAUAGUCAGAUGCUGCGUAUAAAACAACAGGGAAGGCAGUUAAUAUCAUUCCUGCCAUGUCAGCUUCUUUGGCACAUCUGGUUAGCUUCUGAUAAGGGUUUUUGAUUAACUGGGCAUUCAGUUUGAGCAAGCAUUCCUUAUGAUUCCCAAGGUGUGAUGUUUUGUAGAAGAAUUUUUGUCCUGAUAUGUUAGAUGGAUGCAGACUUCACAAUCCCCAUAAUGAUUUCCCUCUACACUGCAAAUACUUGGAGGGACUUAGUAGAAAAGGUUGAAAACCCAGAUCUCUGGGGAUUGUGGAGGCUUGUGUGUUGUAUACAACAAAUCCGCCAUACAAGUCUAACCCGUUGGUUGACUAUUACCAGAAGAUUCACAGAUUUACAAAGUUUACUAUGAUUUCAUUGUGACUUCUCCAUCUGUUUAAUAACAAAAUUAAACCAGGUUGUAAACAUCAUCUGUACCCUAUUCUGCUUCCCCAACAUAUCACUUCAGCCAGCAAGUGAGACAAAAAACAUAUGCACGCUCAAACAAAUGUCCAGACACGUUCUCUCACUUGGAUCUGUACAGAGACAAACAGCACAUGUACAACAGCUCACGUAGUGCAAAACAAAGUGAGAAUACUUGUCCCUUACCUUCCAUCCUCCAGGAAACAAAGGCUAAAAAUACUAGUUUUCUGUCAGAUUGGCUCUCCCUGCCUUUUAGAAGGUGUUGCCAAUCGGAAGCCAGGAUAUCGUGUUUAGUUGGCAUGAACAGUUUGGAAGCAGAAAGGCCACAUUUCCAUCUUAUUUAUAUUAACUUUGGUUUGUGUUGUAACAAAUAAAGUUGGUUCACAAUUUUUCAAAA